CCUCGCCAAAUUUGACAUUCACUGUCAAUCAGUCAAGUUUUUUGGAUGUUUAGUGCUAAGUUGCGGCAAUGUCUUUGCUUUGUGUUGUGGUAUAAUGGUGUGUACCGAGUGGUACAAUGAACGUUACCGCCGCUGCGGCCCUGGGAGUGGUGUUAGUGCUUCUGCUAUUGGUGUUUAGGUGGAAAUGGAGGUCUACCAAGGUGGAAACGGAGUGUCCCCCAUGUUCGCCGGCGGUGACGCUGGUGCACCGGCUGUGCCCCCACCACAACGUGGUGCAGAGCUUCGAGGUGGAGGAGAAGGACAGCCUCGACGAGCACCUCGACGUGCUCACCAGGAAACUCGCUGAGAAGGAAGGCCGUCUGCGGCUCUCCAAGUCCAAAAUCCGGGAAACACAGCACGAGAUAGAGAGCUUGCACGCGAUCGACCACGACGUGCGCACCAAGUACCGGGAGAUCAUGGAGUCACUGCGGACUGACCUGCUCACCAACGAGAAGGAGUGCAAGCGGCUGCAGGAACAAAUCGAGUGGGUGUCUCGAAGGCGCGCUGAAAUACGGGAUGAGGUACGCCGAGGUCAAAAGCUAUACGGGGAGGCGGCUGCAGAGUUGGCCAGUAAUCUAGCGGAGUUGCAACGAGGUCGCAUGGCGGAGCAUAGAGUCACGGACAAACCGCAGAGACAGCACUCCCUGACCUCCCUGAGGCACCGCAAAGAGCCCCAACUCCCCAGGGCCUCGCCCGUUCGAUCCAUAGUAAUCAAAUCACCGCCCGGAUCGCCAGAAGCGAACGCGUCCAAUAUUGACACGCAUGCAUACUAAACCUACACAUGACUUAUGGCAGCCUCGUAUACUUUUCGAACGUCUAAUUUAUUUUUGCUUGUUUUGUUUUGUCUUUUUUUAAUAUUUGUGUACCUAUUAUAUAUAUUUUGAAGUA